UCACCGCUUGCCUCUCCCGGCGGCCGCGCGGAGAUGAGCCGGUGCCCGUUGAGGAGGCUGGAGAGGCUGAGCUCGAUGCCGUCUCCGCUGGCUCACACCGUGAUGACGAGGGACAACGACCGUCCGUACCAGUCCUAUUCCCACAGCGAGCCGCCGUCGUCGUCGGCUCCUCACCAUGAUCGUCAGCUGUCGUUCGCCGACCAGCACGACGACGACGCCACUAGCAACAAGUGCUUGUGGACGCGGAGCAGCCGGGCGUUCCUGGACGAGACGCCGUCGCCGGAGCAGCAGAUGCUCGGCAAGUCGCGGACGUACGCCUGCGUUCAGCUCCACGUCUCCCAGGUCGUCGCUAGCAAGGCCUAGACAGAGCGCGGCGGUGGCUGGGGCGUAGGCUUGCGGCGACGGCCGAGGUGACCGGCAACUCCCUGUUCGAUGGGGGCGAUGUACAACAUCAGGUUCGCCCAGAAGGCGGUGAGUACCCUCCACCGCUCCCCGUCGUCGUCGAUCCGGCCAGGUAGGUGGCGUCGUGCACCGUGUCGGUGCGGAUCGAGCGGCGGUCGGCAUAGGCGGGUGGUAGAGCCGCGCGGCUGGAGGGCAGAGCACCGACGACGGCCGAUGCGGGCAUGCGACGGGGGCGUUGGCGGCCAGGCCGACGGCGAUGACGCGGGCGGCUAGCGGUCGACGAAGUUGGAGCGUCGCCAACUCGGCUGGACCCGGCAUCCCUGUCGUUCGUGGAGAGAAAGCUGGAACAGUGACCAACUGAAGAGAAAAAAAAAGAAAAAAAACUAAAAUGUGGGACCUCAUGGGACCCAUAGCAUGCUACAUCAGCAAAACUAGGUAAAAGUUAGGUUAAUACUGCUGAGGGACCUAUUUUGAAUGAUUUAUGUAAGUUUAAGGAUAAAUAUUUCCGAUUUUGAUGUUAAAGGACCUC